GGCUGUUUCCUGUCCUGGUGCAUGGUGGUCGGACGAAGGAAUUGUUGGAAAAUUUUCUCGGAGGUAGAAAAUGUUGUUAGCCCAAAUAAAUCGAGAUUCUCAGGGAAUGACUGAGUUUCCUGGAGGAGGAAUGGAGGCUCAACACGUUACCCUGUGCCUGACGGAGGCAGUGACUGUGGCAGACGGUGACAAUUUAGAAAACAUGGAAGGUGUAAGCUUGCAAGCAGUGACACUUGCAGAUGGUUCUACCGCUUACAUACAACACAAUUCUAAAGAUGGGAAGCUCAUCGAUGGCCAAGUCAUUCAGCUGGAGGAUGGUUCUGCUGCCUAUGUUCAGCAUGUACCCAUACCGAAAAGUAGGGACAGUUUGCGCCUAGAGGACGGUCAGGCAGUGCAGUUAGAAGAUGGAACCACAGCAUUUAUUCACCAUACCUCCAAAGAUAGUUAUGACCAGAGCGCAUUACAGGCAGUUCAGCUGGAAGAUGGCACCACGGCGUACAUCCACCAUGCAGUGCAAGUUCCACAGUCUGACACCAUCUUGGCUAUUCAGGCUGAUGGCACUGUGGCAGGUUUGCACACUGGAGAUGCCACGAUUGACCCGGAUACCAUCAGUGCUCUGGAGCAGUAUGCAGCAAAAGUAUCCAUUGAUGGCAGUGAAAGUGUGACAGGUACUGGAAUAAUUGGAGAAAAUGAGCAAGAGAAAAAAAUGCAAAUUGUCCUGCAAGGACAUGCAACAAGAGUCACUGCUAAAUCUCAGCAGAGUGGAGAGAAGGCAUUUCGAUGUAAAUAUGAUGGAUGUGGAAAAUUAUAUACAACAGCUCACCAUCUAAAGGUCCAUGAGCGAUCACACACAGGAGACCGGCCUUAUCAGUGUGAGCACCAAGGCUGUGGGAAAGCAUUUGCAACAGGUUACGGAUUAAAAAGUCACGUUAGAACUCAUACAGGAGAAAAGCCAUAUCGGUGUUCAGAAGAUAAUUGUACUAAGUCUUUCAAAACUUCAGGAGAUCUUCAGAAACAUAUCAGAACUCAUACAGGAGAAAGACCCUUUAAAUGUCCUUUUGAAGGCUGUGGUAGGUCUUUUACCACAUCAAAUAUCAGGAAAGUUCAUAUAAGGACACACACAGGAGAAAGACCUUACUACUGCACAGAACCAGGCUGUGGGCGAGCCUUUGCCAGUGCAACCAAUUAUAAAAACCAUGUGAGGAUACAUACAGGGGAAAAGCCAUAUGUAUGCACAGUCCCUGGAUGUGACAAAAGGUUUACAGAAUAUUCCAGUUUAUACAAACAUCAUGUCGUUCAUACUCACUCCAAACCGUACAACUGUAACCACUGUGGAAAGACCUACAAGCAGAUCUCCACAUUGGCCAUGCACAAACGGACGGCCCACAACGACACCGAGCCCAUCGAGGAGGAGCAGGAAGCCUUCUUUGAACCUCCCCCAGGUCAAAGUGAAGAUGUUCUUAAAGGGUCCCAAAUCACAUAUGUUACAGGUGUAGAAGGGGAUGACGUUGUGUCUACACAAGUCGCCACAGUAACCCAGUCUGGUUUGAGUCAGCAAGUUACUCUCAUAUCCCAGGAUGGAACUCAGCAUGUCAACAUAUCUCAAGCUGACAUGCAAGCCAUUGGCAGUACGAUCACAAUGGUAACACAGGAUGGCACACCCAUCACAGUCCCCACUCACGAUGCUGUCAUCUCCUCAGCAGGAACACACUCUGUUGCCAUGGUUACAGCCGAGGGUACAGAAGGACAGCAGGUUGCAAUUGUGGCUCAGGACUUGGCAGCAUUCCAUACUGCCUCCUCAGAAAUUGGACACCAGCAGCACAGCCAUCACUUAGUGACCACAGAAACCAGACCUCUGACAUUAGUGGCAACAUCCAAUGGCACCCAGAUUGCAGUUCAGCUCGGAGAACAGCCAUCUCUGGAAGAAGCCAUCAGAAUAGCAUCAAGGAUCCAACAAGGAGAAACACCAGGGCUGGAUGAUUAAUCCUCACAACAGUGGAGCUUAUGAUAAGCAAAGGGAGCCAUUCAGUCUUCAGGCCGCCGGGCCCCGUGGAGUGUGGGCCCAGGACAAUUAGAAGUUUUCCAUUCCUAAAACACUGUACACAUUUUUAUGCAAGAGUGGAGAACAUUUUAUUCUUGACACUUUUGUGUAUCUAACUCUUGGAAUAGCUUCCCAGACUGAUUCAUUGUGUACAGGGAAGUAUGAAAUUAGGGCAAUACAGUCAGUUUUCCUGUUACUUUCUUAUCAGAUUGCAAACUCCUGGAGUCUGUGUGAAAGAUCAGUGAUGUCUUAUGGACUCUGAUGAUGGAUUUUUAACCUACUGUGAAAUAAACUAAAGGCUGUAUCUAAAAUUUUAAAGGUUAUAUACAUCAAACAAUCAUAAUUCCAAAAGCCAUCAUGGAUAAUAAAGGAUAUGAAGCCUUCAAAUAUCUCCCUGUUAGUAGAGUGUCUGCAGUUUUUGUUCUACUGUAUACUUGUCCGUUUUUAUUUGUAUUUCAUGGUUUGAAGAUUAUUCAUUAUAGUUUUCCAUUCCUGUUAAAUACCAGCUCUUCAGCUGAAAUGCUAAUUAUAUUAGCAUUACAUUGGAUUAUGUAUAAAAUUACAAAGUUUGGUUAUUUAAAACUAAAACGUUAAAUUCAUUGCUUUGGUUUUGUUAAGAUUUUAGUGUUCAAUGUUUUGUUACUGUUGGUUUUUUUUUUUUUUAAUAAUGAAUUAUCAAAGUUUGACCACAGCCCGGGAUAACAGUGCUGUAAUUGGAAAUGGCUUUAUUCUGAAAAUUAGGUUAGUGGGUUGGUGUAAAUUAUUUAUUUUUGCUCAUGUACUUUUGUUUUAAAGCUUAUUUACCUUAAAAUUUAUUGUUACUUUUGAAUACAGCAAUUUUUUAAACGUUACCUUUAUAUUUGUUUUAUUAAAUUGGUAUGGGGGUUGGUGAAGAAAAUGUUUCAUAAAAUACCACAAAUGUAAUAAAUAAUGACACAAUUCUA